GUGCCACUUUCAGGUCUCCUCACACACCUGCUGCUGGGUUUCCAUUUUGUCAUAGAGUGCUGGGCAGAUUACGGCGUCUCCCAUUGCUGCUGCCAGGCCCCUAAUCUGCCAUGGGCCCCUGUACCGCCUCCUCAUGCUGCUUGCCUCAGGUCCACAGUGUCUCAAUGGGUCCCUGUACCGCCUCCCAUUGCUGCUGUCUCCAUCGCCACAACUAUGCCAUGUGCCACUUUCAGGUCUCCUCACACUGCUGCUGGGUUCCCAUUUUGUCAUAGGUUGCUGGCAGGCCUCCCAUUGCUGCUGUUCCUCCAUCCGCCACACUCUGCAUGUGCCACUUUCAGGUCUCACACUGCUGGUGCUGUCCAUUUACUGUCAUAGGGUGGGUGCUGGCAGAUUGCGGGCCUCCCAUGCUUG